UUUAUCUGUAAUAUGAAGGCGUAAAUCAUUCCCUGGGCCUCGCGGCGGGCAGGAGCUGGUAUCACUGCAAGCAAGCAGCAAGAGGCGCUGGCACCCGCCGGGGUAAACAAGACGCGGGCGGUGCCAAUGGGAAGCGCUGCUGAAGGGAUUUGCAAAGAUGGCCGGAACGGACCCUUUAUCGUCUAAGUUAGUCACACAGUCUGUGAACUUCCAUGGUCAUCUACUCCUCAAGCAGCUUACAUCCUCACAUUCUAAAGAUGUUGAGUCUUUGAAUAUGAAGGAGGUUAAUUAUAAAAUAUAUAGAGCACGAAAUCCAGAAAUAAGCAAGCAGCCAACAGCAACAAGAAAUGAACUGAUCAGUUUCAUCAGUGACAAGUGCACAUCUUUAUUUGUGCCUCGGGAGAGUAAAACCAUUGUAGACAAUGAUGAUGAUGACUUUGGUUUUAAAGAUCGAUCCAACAGUCUUCCUCCUCUAGAGCACUUCAUGAAGAUCAUGUGCCAUCUGAAGAAAGAUAUAUUCUUUAAGAAAGUGCAGCGUGGUGAUGUGCUCUAUGGUCGAGUGGCAACCCAUGUUCAUGAUUUGCUCUGUAUUGUUAAGGUUCAGGCAGCUGUGGGACCCAAUGUAAGGGACCUCUUUGAUGCUGACAUUAAGGCUCACCUUCGCCUUGAAGACUCAGACCCAGAACCAGCAGACACUGAUGACCUUGGACGAUGGAUGCUUCGAACAAGGUUGUGUGUAGAGGUGUUGGAGGUGGAUGCCAGUGACAAUUAUCUCUUAGUUGGCACCAAAGGAGUUGCUAUACCACCUCAUCUCAAGGACAAGAUUAAGCUGGGCAAGGUCACACUCGGCACUCGUCCACCCAUAGUCAGUGUAAUGGAAGAACAGAACAUAAAAUCAUACGCCCAUGCCCUGGAGAAGCUGAAAACGUUCAACAACCCACGCAGCAUAAGACAUCUAGCUGGCAAAUUUAACAUCAGUUUAUCAUCACACUCAUCACUGAUGGACUCUCUAAAGUACAAAUUUCCGGAUCGUGAAAUGUACAGGUCUGUCAGGAAGUCACAAAUGUCUCGGUGGGCUCACAAGUCCGUCGCUGAUGGGGUGGUGUUCUUCAAGCGAGGGCAGCAUGAGGAGGCCUUCCAAUGCUUGAACAAGGCUCUGCAAAUUGAUAAUGAAAAUGUGGAAGCAUUUGUAGCUAAAGGAGCUUUAUUGGCAAACUUUGGAAGUUUGGAGAAAGCUGUUGAAAAUUUUGAGGAAGCUCUUAAGUAUAACCCAACUCACAAUAAUGCUCAGAAGUAUAUAUGUGAGACACUUGUGGAGCUUGGCAAACAAUAUGAGGAGGAAAAUAAAAUAGAAGAAGCUGAGAAAAGUUUCAAGAAAUGUCUCUCCAUCAAUCCUGAUCAUGAAGCUGGGAAAGAAUCAAUAAGAAAACUCAUCCAGAAGAAUGAUCUUGGCCCCAAAAGUCCAGAAGUUGUUGAAGAUGCAAUCCAGGAUCUCAUUGAUAUUGAAGUAGAAUUCAAGAGAAAACGUCACCGGACAAAUUCCUCAUCUAAGAGUAGUCCUGUAGCCAAGAAAGAGACACCUGCAACUAAAUCAGAGUCCAGAGAAGCACAGGACUCAAAAUUAUCGUCCCAGUCUAGGUCUCCCAGCAAGUCCCUUUCUCCUUUAUCAACAAAGAUGGAAAUGCAAGAGGGAAAAUGGCAACCUCCUUCCACCAUUAACACCACUACAUCUUUUAUUCCUAACUUAGCUGUUCCUCCUCCAAAUAUUGAAUCAGGCUUCAGUUAUCCUCCUCCUGGAUGGCCCCCUACUACUGUGGUUGUUGCUCCACCUGUGACAACCAUUUAUCAGCCUCCUCCAACAACCUACCCAGUACUUCCUCAGCCUCAAGGACUGGUUGUUUCAGGUUCCACCUACACAAGCCGGGAGGAUGAGGAAUACAAGGCUCGUGUUGAUAAAUUUCUUAAGGAUAUAGAAGGAGUCAGAUCUGGUGAAAAAAAGGAUCACUCCAAGAAGAAACAUAGCAGAAGCAGGGAGUCCAGGAGCAGAAAAAAACACAAAGAUUCACACAAAAAGAGGAACAGAAAUACCAGUUCAAGCAGUGCAAGCAGGAGCAGCAGUUACAGUAGCAGCAGUAGCAGCCACAGCAAGAGCAGUAGCAGAAGCUCUAGCAGCAGCACCACUAGCAGCAGUACCAGUCAUAACUCUAGUGGAAGUAUUGAGGAGUCAAGGAAAAAGAAACAUAAAAAAUACAAGAAGCAAAAGAAAACCAACAGAAAGGAAAAGAAAAAGCCUCAAAAGCAUCAGAAGAAGGAAAUUGUUAAAGAGAAGCCCAAAAUUGAAGUUGUUAAAGAAAAGCCCAAAAUUGAAGUUGUUAAGGAGAAGCCCAAAAGCAAGAUUCACCACAUUACUGCUGUAGAGGAUGAUCCCAUCCCUGGUUUGGAGAGUUUAAAUGAGAAGCUUUCUGCUUAUUACAAGAAAGUAGAAGAGAGUCAAAGAGAACAACCCAACAGAGAGAAAAAGUCAAAAGAAAUGGAGCCUCAAGCAAAAGAAAGGGAGAAAAAAUCUAAGGAAAGGGAGCCUCAAACUAAAGAAAGAUCUGAAAAUCUUGACAGCAUUACCCAAAUGAUGGAGGUAAUGAAUAGAUAUAAACAGGGUUUUCGCCUGACAUCCAAGACUAAGGUAGUCGCAAGUUCAUCUCUCACAACGAAAGGAGUUCAUCCAGCUUUUCAAGAGAGUGAUGAGGAAGAUGUACUUGAUCUGCUAGCUGCUAAUGCCUCCAGUAAGAAGAAGAAAAAAGCAGAGCCUGAGAAUGAUAACACUGGUGUUCCUGAAGUCAUCCCAAGCACAAUAUUAGAGCCAAGUGAUAGCCCAAAUUCCAAGAAGUCUGGUCGAAGUUCAACCUCUCAGAGUUACCAGAGAAAUGCUCCAAAAGACCACUCAAGGUCACAUUCAAGGUCACGUCAUUCAAGAUCACGCUCCAGAAGCAAGUCACGUUCUAGGCGGCAUUCAAAAUCGCGGUCGAGGGAUCGCUACUCAGAUCAUUCAAGGUCAUUAUCACGUGAACGGUCAAGAUCACCCUAUAGACGCUAUUCAAGGUCUCGUUCUAGAAGUCGGUCUCGGUCAAAUUACAAUGUGAGAUAUAAUAGUGGCCGUCCUUUUCGCAGAGGAAGGAUGCAUUCUUAUCAGAGGCCAAGAAGCAGAGACAGAGGUGAUUAUUACCAAGAAGGAUUCCAACGACACAGACCUUAUCACCAUCGAACAAGAUCCCCCAGACAUCACUCCAACUGGUUUCGAGGACGCGGGAGGCCUGGAGGUCGGAGAGGGGGUGGUCCUUUCAGGGGUGGUAGAGGGAACUGGGAAAAGAGAGAUCACCACAAAGGCCGAGAGUCACCAGAACCGCUUAGUGAACAGGAGCGAGAGAUGAUGAUAGAGGCAGCAAGGAAAAAAGUUGAAGCAAGCAUCAAAUAUGGAGCUGCUGAUCCUGUUGAUGGUAUGGAACCCAAUCGUGAUGAUUCUUCACACUCUAAAACACAAAGCAAAUCAGAUUCCUAUGACUCAAAAAGUCCAAACAGAGCAGAGUCCUCUUGCCCUAAAACACCUUGCAGGUGGGAAUCCUCCCAUCCCAAAACACCCAGCAGGUGGGAAUCCUCCCGUCCCAAAACACCCAGCAGAUGGGAAUCAUCUCGUCCAAAAACACCAAGUAGAUGGGAUGCUGCUUCUCGCCCUAAAACUCCUAGCAGGUGGGACUCGUCUCAUCCAAAAACACCAGGCAGAUGGGAGUCUUCCCGUCCCAAAACACCAAGCAGGUGGGAUUCAUCCCGUCCCAAAACACCCAGUCGGUGGGAGUCAUCCCGUCCCAAAACACCAAGUAGGUGGGAGUCAUCUCGUCCCAAAACACCAAGCAGGUGGGAAUCAUCUCGCCCUAAAACACCAAGCAGGUGGGAGUCAUCACGUCCUAAAACACCAAGCAGGUGGGAGUCAUCAUGUCCUAAAACACCAAGCAGGUGGGAGUCAUCUCGUCCUAAAACACCAAGCAGGUGGGAGUCAUCUCGUCCUAAAACACCCAGCAGAUGGGAAACUUCCUGCCCGAAAACUCCGAGUACAUCAGACCCUCAAAAGCAAAGUAAAGGGGAAUCUCUCCCCAAAAUAUUGAGUCCUGGAAGCCCCAGAGAGAUCAAGAAUGAAAGAAUCUAUGAUGAUAAGGAGGACCACCCCCACAUUUCUGAUGAAGAGUCUCCUGACAGAACAGCAAGGUUUGGAAAAUGGGACACAGAUGAAAAGGGGAAAAAUGGAGAAGCUAAAAUUGGCAACUCACUCACUGAGAUGGAGACUUUCAUAGAAGUUGCCAAGCAGAAGAAAAUGGAGGAGAUGAAGGAAAGAAAUAAAGCAUUUUUGAAGCCUACUAUUGACUGAUUAUAGUCUUGGUCUAUCAACACAUACUAAUGUAUAAGGUAGGGAAAGAAGUUAUGACUUUUUUUCGUUUAUUAUUUAGAAAUUUCAAAAUGUCACAAUUCUAAUUUCAUUUCCAUUUUUUUUAUAUUGAUAUGGCAAAAUUGUUACAUCAAGAAGUUAGUCAAGUAUUUUUGCUUAAUUGGUAAUGUAUGUGAGAAAAAAUGAAAUGCAGAAAUAUACUUGGCUGCUUGUUUGAGGCUUUUACCAUAGCACAAUUGAUCAUUGCAGGAAGUGGGCAUCUUAUAUAGGAAAUAUAAAUUAACUGAAAAAUUCAAAUAAAUAUGAAAUCUUAGAUGUGGUAUUGUCUUACCAAAUUGGAAACAUGAUUGAUAUGUUGCUUUAAUGUUAUUUUUCCAGUAUUUCAUAAACCAUGAAAUCAUAACUUGUAGAAAAAUUAUGUUACUUUUAAACCAGUUUCUUUGAUUCUGGGUGUGUGUGUGCUUGUGCUGAAGGAGGAAAGCACAUCCAUGAAAUUUUAGUUUCAUCUUACAGCUAUUGAAAACUGUGUGGUAUGAUUAUUCCAGGUUUCACUUACUGUAUUCCUGUGUACUGGGAUGACAAAAAAAUCAUUAAUACAGUUACUAAA